CUUUGUGCAACGCAUUUUCCUUACUAUCAACCAAUUAAAACAGAAAAUUGUACAUUUUCCAUGCCAAACAAUAACUAAUUGCACAACAGCCCCAACCAGCAGACACUGAAGGAGCCGCAACGCCUCGUGUCUGGACAGAAUGACGGCGCGCAAUCCCCAAACAUUGAUGGCGCUGCCCAGCGAGGAGAAUUUCGAUUUUCUGUUCAAGAUCGUGCUAAUCGGUGACUGUUGCACGGGCAAAACAUCCAUAUUGCAGCGCUUCAAGACGGGCAACUAUGUGGAGCGGCACGGGAACACAAUUGGCGUCGAUUUCUCAAUGAAAACCAUUGAGGUCGAGGGCAAACAAGUCAAGCUACAAAUCUGGGAUACUGCCGGCCAGGAGCGCUUUCGCACCAUCACCCAGAGCUACUAUCGUGCCAACAACGGCGUCAUAAUUGUUUACGAUAUCACAAAGCGAUCGACAUUCGCCAAUUUACAGAAAUGGAUUGAGGAGGUGCGCAGAUAUACGGCAUCCAAUGUGCUGAUCAUAUUGAUUGGCAACAAAUGUGAUCUCGAGGCGGAGCGUGAGGUGGACUUUGAGGAGGCGCGCCAAAUGUGUCAAUAUAUACCUGAAAUUCUGUUCGUCAUGGAAACAUCCGCCAAGGAGAACACCAAUGUGGAGGACGCCUUUCGCUGUCUGGCCACCGAACUGAAGCACCAACACGAUGUCAGCAGCGUGCAGGCGGACCUGGACGACAACACCGUGCAGCUGGGCCAGAGUAAGCCGCUCAAGAGUUGCAGCAGCUCGUGCAAUCUCACAUAGAUAUCUCCAAACGAUUUGGGUUUCCGUUUUUCUUUUUUUCACUUUUAUUUUGUGAUCAUAUUUUCGUGUGGCUAUAAUUUAGUAUUUAUAUAUUUUAAUCGUGAAACUGUUAAUUGUUUUGUGUGCAAAC